UAUUUAAAAAUUCAAACUCAAUCAGUUCACCAGAGUCGCUCCGUGGGGUGCAACGUCCCAAAAAAAUAACUCUCAAAACCAAAUAUUCCACCAGACUUGGUGGUCUCGCCUAUUUAUACCCCCCACCAUGGACAUAGUCCAAGAAAUAACGUGCUGGAGUAUAUUCAAGGGCUUCGACCUCUACGAGUUCAUGGCGAGAUUCGUCAUCCGCAUAAUCUUCCCAAUGGUCAAGUGGUACGUGGAUCGAGAACUGGGCAAACUGGGGCACAAUACGGAGGGCAAGGGUCCCCUGGGGAUCAGGGUCCAUGACGAGAAGGAAUUCUACCUCCGCCUCUUCGUAGGGCGACACACGGGCCUGUUCGAAGCCCACAUGGACAAAGUGUGCACGAUCAACGAUGUCAAAGCCAUGGCGAUCAGUGGACUCCAGUCGACCAAGACGUUGGCCUUUAUGCACCCGCUGUCCACCAUACUGGACAGAUUUAAUCUGCAGAGUCGAUCAAAAGCUUGGCAGGUCGGGGCGGAACAUUACGAUUUGGGAAACGACCUCUUUGAGACCAUCCUGUGCAAAAACCUCCUCUACACCUGCGCCUACUGGAGAAACUCCAGCGAUCUCGAAUCCGCCCAAAUCGCCAAGAUGGACCUCGUCGCGCGCAAACUCAAACUCAAACCUGGCAUGAAAGUCCUCGACAUCGGGUUCGGCUAUGGCGCCCUGGACUAUCACCUCGCCAAACACUAUGGCGUCUCCGUCGUCGCAAUCUCAAUCUCCAAGGGACAAAUCCAACACGCCACUAAACUCUGCGACGGCCUCCCGGUCGAAUUUCGAAUCUGCGAUUACCGCGACCUCAACGAAAAAUUCGACCGCAUCGCCGUCAUCGGAAUGAUGGAACACGUCGGACACAAAAAUUACCGCGAAUUCUUCAAAGUUUGCAACCGCUGUCUGACCGACGAUGGCUUCAUGCUCCUCCACACGAUCGGAAACAACGACAGGAACAUUCUCGGUUUCGACUACUGGUGUCACAAAUAUAUAUUCCCGAACGGCUGCAUCCCAUACUAUCUGCAAGUCUGCAAAGCGAUCGAGGACGUCUUUUUAAUCGAAGAUUGGCAAAACUUUGGCUACGACUAUUACAAAACCCUGGCCGCCUGGGAGGUCAAGUUUGAGGAGAAUUGGGACAAAUUGGCGCCAAAGUAUGGGGAACGCUUUCACAGAAUGUGGCACAUUUAUUUGAACUGUGCACAAGCCUUCUUCCAAACCAGGUCGUACCAAUUGUGGCAAAUUGUCCUGAGUAAGAGGGGUGUUGAGGGGGGUUAUGAAUCUGUCAGGUAAAAGGCAACAACAAAGAAAAUAGGUUUUUUAAUUUCACAGUAUUUAAAAAUGUAAACCUUCCCAUUUAUUUUAUAAAUGGGAAGGUUGUAAAUUGUGGAUGGUGAAAUAUUUUGGAUUAUUUUAUAAUAAAAAAAAUAUAAAAUUUCCGUGGAAAAACGAUAUUUGCACCAGAUUAAUAAAUAUAAAUGUGGCAGGUAUGCACAUAAUUUAUGUACAUAACUAUUUAUGGUUUAUAAUUCGGUUAUAAGAGUACUAAAAAUUUGAAUCUUCACGAAGAUAAAUAUAAUAGGAAUUUUAAAUUGAAAAA